UCUCUCUCAUCUCCCCGACUCUGAAUCAGUCUCUGCAACCUCUCAACCUCUCUCUUCGUGUCAGUCCACCGAAUCCCUCCGCCUCCUGCCCCACUGGCCUCAGACGAACAAUCCCCUCAGUGAUUCGUGUUCCUUGGCUGCCUCGAAGUUCUCUAUGAAGACAUACAUUUUGAGAUAAAGAGGUAGGUAGGUUCGCAACCGUGGAGUUGAAGUAGCCCGGUUCCACGACCACGGAGGAAGUCGUCGGAGUGGGUCGACCACCGUCUGCUGCCGAUGUCUUUGGAUUCGAGCAAUUAGAUCUUCUUCCCUGUGCCCCCCCAAUUCCCCCCUUUCCAUUAGUUGCGCCCAGUUCUCAUCUAGGUACCCGCCUGGCCCGGGCCACUGCCAAUUGCUCAAAUUUUCAAUUUUGACCAGAAGCUAAAGCCAGUUUAAGUACGUGUGACUGUACGAGAAGACAUGGGGAAUCCUGAGCAGCCCAAGCGAAGAGUUGCCUUUGUUCUGAUUGAUGGGUUGGGAGAUGUGUCAAUCCCGCGUUUUGGUUACAAGACUCCUCUUGAAGUAGCUAAAGUGCCCAACUUGGAUGCAAUUGCCUCUGCAGGAGUUAACGGGCUCAUGGACCCUGUGGAGGUGGGAUUAGGCUGUGGAAGUGACACUGCCCAUCUUUCUUUGCUGGGCUACGACCCAAGAGUCUACUAUCGUGGUCGAGGUGCCUUUGAGUCCAUGGGAGCAGGGUUGGCAAUGUCUCCUGGUGAUAUUGCAUUCAAGUCGAAUUUCGCGACAUUGGAUGAGAAAACUGGAAUAGUUGUCAGUAGGAGGGCUGACCGACAUUUCGAAGAAGAAGGGCCCAUCCUCUGCGCAGCACUUGAUGGAAUGAAGAUUCCAUCUUUUCCCGAAUAUGAAGUCAGAGUAAGGUAUGCAACUGAGCACAGGUGUGGAGUUGUUGUAAAAGGGCCAAAAUUAAGUGGAAACAUAUCAGGAACCGAUCCGCUGAAAGACAAUCGUUCACUCCUGCAAGUUCAACCUUUAGAUAAUUCAGAAGAAGGGAAGCGUACAGCCACUCUUGUUAAUGAGUUGUCCCGGGAGAUUUCGCGGAUUCUAGUCUCUCACCCGCUUAAUGCGAAAAGAGCAGCUGAGGGGAAGAACAUUGCAAAUGUCGUUCUUUUACGAGGUUGUGGUAUAAGAAUUGAGGUCCCUCAAUUUGUAGAGAAACACGGGCUCUGGCCUUGCAUGGUGGCCCCCACUAAAAUUAUUGCUGGUUUAGGCCUGUCGCUUGGUAUUGACAUUCUUGAAGCUCCUGGAGCCACUGGAGAUUACAGAACACUCUUGACUUCCAAGGCGUUAGCUAUUUCUCGGGCUCUGUCAGCUCCUCUCAAUCCUUGUCCCAAUGUUUUCAUACCAGGGGAGGAUGAACAUAAACCUGGGCGACCGAGUGGCUACGAUUUCGCGUUUCUUCAUAUCAAGGCCAUAGACGAUGCUGGUCAUGACAAAGCAACCGUCUUUAAAGUGAAAGGACUGGAGUGUGUGGAUCGAGCCAUAGGACAACUAGCAAAAUUCCUGUGGGAGGCAGAGUCAACUGGGAAUUUCAAGUACGCACUAUGCGUCACAGGCGACCACUCCACGCCGGUCGAGUACGGUGACCACAGCUUUGAGCCUGUCCCAUUCACUUUGUGCUGGUUGAGGGAUUUUGUUGAGGCAGUGGGCGGCGAGACUGUUCUUGAACAGAUUUCCUCUGACCCAUUUCCUCUUCCAGCCGUCAAGACGGGUGAGGACCUUAAAGAAGAUCUAGAAGGAGACGAACGAAAACCACGAGUCAAGUCUUUCACGGGCGACUCUGUGGCAGAGUUCAAUGAGAUAGCAGCUGCGAGGGGAUGUCUUGGGCGGUUUCCGGGAGGGCAGAUGAUGGGUAUAAUUAAGUCGUUUCUUGAAUUAGAUCUGUAAUAAAACAUAUCCCUAUCCUGACCUGACAAGGGGGCCUUGAUCUAACAAAAUUUUGGCAAUAAAGGCUCUCAAUGGUUUCUUUCUUCACA